UCAUAUUCUCUCCACCUCCCUCUCCAUCUCCAUCUCCGUCUCGAGGAAAUACUUUAUCUUCGCCUCUCAACCCACCAUAUCCGUUCAUAGGAAGCCGCUGUUGGGCGAUCUUCUGUUCUUCGUGACAGUUGAUCUAUCGUGCCCCUGCCGCGGUCGCCUCUCCUCUCCACGGCGACGAGUUCCUUGCCGUCAUCACAUCCUUCAAUCGUCAAGAGUACUUCUCACCAACGUACAGAUCUGCUGAGCCGUCGUUACCAACAAGAUGGCUCGGCCCAGAGACUCGCGCUCACCAUCUCCAGCAGGAAGCCAGCACUCCUCUCGAAAACAUCGCAAAGAUGACGAGAGACGUGACCGAGCCCGCCGGGAUGAUCCCCGCGAUCACCGUCGCCCCAGCCGCUCUCGCAGCCCCGCAGAGGUAAGAGAAGUCCCUGACCGUUAUGCUUUCUCUAGCUCUCCUAACACCCAUGGGCAGCGCCGAAACCGCGACCGUGGCCGGGAUAACGAAUCAUAUCGCCGGCGAGACCGUUCCAUAGAUCGACGCGACGAUGGUUACCAUCGUGGUGGCAGACGAGACGGUGGUGCUAAUCGCGAGCGUCGACGAUCGCGCGACAGAGUCGGAGAUAGAGCCGCAGACCGAGCCCGCUCGCCGGGUAGACGCCCACCCCGAAGUAAAGACGGAGAUAGGGAUUAUCGGAACAGGCGAGACGACUCCCGCGAGAAGGCCAGAGGUCGUCGCGAAGGUACUGCUGACUCUCGCCCCCGCAGCAGAGGCGAUGAUGGUCGCCCACGCGGACAGAAAUCAGCCGAUGGGGUUGGGAGCCUGGAAACUGAGUCAGCUAAGUCCGCACAAGCCCAGGCGCAAUCAGAGGCUGAGAAGAAGGCCGAACGGCUUCGAAAAUUGCAAGCUUGGAAAGAAAAGCACGCAAUGAAAGAAGCCAAGGACGCCAGUGCCACUGCUGGCAGCACACGAAAGCUACUUGCUGAGAUGGAUCAGAAAGCUAGCGGAACCCCUGUAGCUGCUUCUCCGUCUGCCGGCAGUCCUGCCAACGACGUAGCCGGCAGCCCACAGCCCGCGUCACCUGCACCCUAUGCUGGGAAGUUCGAUCCCAAGGCCAUCGCCAAGAAGUCCUCAGUAGGUCGGACUCAGUCUCCCACGAAAUUGGGAGAGAUUAAGGGCACACCAUCUACGCUGAAGAAUGCCACUUUUCCAAGCAUCCCAAAGGGGUCUGCCUUGCCGGAAAAGAGGGCUAUCAGCGGCUUCGGCUUCCACAAAGCCACCGCUGCUUCCGACAAGCUUGCUUCAAAGCGAAAGCUCGACCUGGAUGACGAGGAGACGAUUAAGAGAAAGCUUCUCAAGCUUCCGGAGAUGCCCCUCGAGGAGACCGACAAGACCCCAUAUGCCCCUCAGGAUGACGAAGACGAUGGCUUCGGCGUGGAUGACUUCGCCAGAACCGAAGAAGAAGAAGCUGCUGCUGCACGAGCGGCUCAUGAGCGACGUGAGGAGCGAAUCCUCCAAGACAGCAUGGCCAUGCAAACAGAUCAGGAAACAUCCGAUCCCAAUACCAAGGCUACCCCUGCCUCGGAACCCGAGGCCGAGAAAAUGGACGUCGAUGACGAAAUUGACCCCCUGGACGCCUUCAUGGCUGGGCUCGAGGAAUCGAGCUCUGCGAGCAAGCCCAAGUCGUUCAAGAAGGAACAGCCGACCGGGAAGCCAUCCUUUGAACCCGAGGCGUAUUUCAGUGAUGACGAUGACUACGGAUACGGGGUUGAUCGUACUGAUCCAUCCUCAAUUCUCGCCAUGGCAGCCAAGCGCAAGAAGAAGGACAUUCCCACCAUCGACUACAGCAAGAUCGAGCUGAAUCGCAUUCGGAAGAAUUUCUGGUUUGAACCGCUGGAACUCAGCCAGCUUACCGAAGAGGAAGUGAUCGACCUUCGCCUGGAGCUGGACGGUAUCAAGGUAUCUGGCAAGGACAUUCCCAAGCCUGUGCAGAAAUGGUCUCAAUGUGGCCUGACCCGCCCUAUCCUGGAUGCCGUCGACAAGUUGGGCUAUGACAAGCCGACUCCUAUCCAGAUGCAGGCCUUGCCGGUCAUCAUGUCCGGCCGUGACGUUAUUGGCGUUGCUAAGACUGGAUCUGGCAAGACCAUGGCGUUUCUGUUACCCAUGUUCCGCCACAUCAAGGAUCAGGAGCCGGUGAGAGACACGGAUGGGCCCAUUGGCCUCAUCAUGACUCCGACCCGCGAACUCGCUGUGCAGAUCCACCGUGACUGCAAGCCCUUCCUGAAGGCUCUGAACCUGCGCGCGGUGGCUGCUUACGGCGGCGCCCCGAUCAAGGACCAGAUAGCUGAACUGAAGAGAGGGGCCGAGAUCGUUGUCGCAACGCCUGGCCGCAUGAUUGAUCUCCUGGCCGCUAAUCAGGGACGCGUUACCAACCUCAAGCGUGCGACGUACUUGGUCCUGGACGAGGCCGACCGCAUGUUCGACAUGGGUUUUGAGCCCCAAGUCAUGAAGAUCUUCAACAAUGUUAGACCCGAUAGACAGACCAUUCUCUUCUCGGCAACCAUGCCUCGUAUCAUCGAUGCUCUGACCAAAAAGGUCCUGAAAGACCCGGUCGAGAUCACGGUUGGAGGCAGAAGUGUCGUUGCGCCGGAGAUCACUCAGAUAGUCGAAAUCCGAGAUGAGAAGGAGAAGUUCGUCCGCCUGCUAGAGCUCCUCGGUGAGCUCUAUGCGGACGACGACGACGUCCGUGCCCUGAUCUUUGUCGAGCGUCAAGAGAAAGCGGACGAUUUGCUAAGGGAGCUCUUGCGAAGAGGAUACGGGUGUAUGUCUAUCCAUGGAGGGAAAGAUCAACUCGACCGAGACUCAACUAUCUCGGAUUUCAAGGCCGGCAUCUGCCCGAUCUUGAUUGCGACCUCCAUUGCCGCUCGUGGCCUCGAUGUCAAGCAGCUCAAACUGGUCGUCAACUACGACGCUCCCAACCAUCUUGAAGACUACGUCCAUCGUGCGGGCCGCACCGGGCGCGCCGGCAAUACCGGUACCGCAGUCACGUUCAUCACCGAAGAACAGGAAAACUGCGCCCCUGGCAUUGCGAAGGCUCUCGAGCAGAGCGGCCAGCCAGUCCCUGAGCGUCUCAUCGAGAUGCGGAAGGCCUUCAGGGAGAAGGUCAAGUCUGGGAAGGCGAAGGAUAACUCCGGCUUCGGUGGAAAGGGUCUAGAGAAGCUCGACAAGGAACGGGAGGCCGCCCGGUUGAGAGAGCGCAAGACUCACAAGACGGAAGGGGAAGAGGACGACGUCAAGGAGGAGGAUACGGCGGAAGACGAGAAGAAGAAGAAAGCAGCCACUGCUAUCCAGUCUGCUAUUUCCGCCAUUGUCUCGCGCGAUUCUUCAAAGGCUGAGCCGGAAUCGAAGGCUGCCGCCGCCAAACCAGCGGCAGAAGCCUCUCCCGCAGUAGCUGCCAAGACCGCCGGAGCCUUGGACAAGGCCGCUUCGGCCAUUAGCGAGAUCAACGCCCGGCUUGCCCGCGCUGGCCAGCUUCGUCCUGGCCAGCCGAUUGAUAACAAAGGCCCCGAUGCCGGCGCCUUCCACGCCACGCUGGAGAUCAACGACUUCCCCCAGAAGGCCAGAUGGGCGGUCACGAACCGAACCAACGUGGCCAAGAUCCUGGAGGCAACUGGCACCUCCAUCACGACCAAGGGUAACUUCUACCCUCCUGGUAAGGAGCCCCCCUCGGGCUCCGAGCCUAAGCUGUACAUCCUGAUCGAGGGUGAUACGGAGGUGGUGGUCGGCAACGCUCUGACGGAACUCACGCGCCUGCUCAAGGAGGGGACGAUGGCCGCUGCGGAUGCCGAGAGUCGUGCUCCUGCCAGCGGCAGGUAUACCAUCACCUGAUGGCGGUUGCUUGUCAUUGCUUCUUCUUUUCGUUCCAUUUUCUUGCUUGCCUACCCGCUACUUCAGCCAAGGACAUGGCUCCGGGUCACUCAUGGUUACAUUGGCAGGGCGGUCGGUUCUCCCUUUGGCGUCUAGGGUGUAUGUAUGUACAAUAUCGCAAAAGUGCAUCAUUGUACAGGGGUAAUCAAACAGGGCAUUCCCAAAUGAUGAUUCGAAAAUGUCGUGUCUUCCAUCCUCCCGGCGUGAUUUGCGUGACAAUAGAUACCCCGAGUCAACUUCCCAAGUCUCGGCCCAGGGAACUUCCCGGCCUAGCCACAAUAACAUAGCUCGUUGCUGAUACGAAAUGACCAAAUAUCCAUAAAAGAUAAGCUUAAAUAUAGGAGAAGAUAAA